GUUUGUUUAUUGUUUUUCCAGAAAUUUUAAGGCAAAUGGAAGAAGUGAAGCCGGAACAGCCCGAGUUGGUCCAGAUCGAUUUAAAUAAACUGUGCAGGGCUUGUUUGAAUGAAUCUAGUGAAAUGAGGUCGAUUUUCCUGCCAGAUAGUUCUACAGGCGAGAGUCUGGUUAUUGCUGAUAUGCUUAUGGAUUUCGCAAAUAUCCAGGUUGAUAGUGAAGAUGGCCUUCCCAUUCUUGUAUGUCUUCCGUGUGCAGUCCAAAUUGGCCGAGCGUAUGCAUUUAAACAACUUUGCGAACAAUCCGAUUCGAGCCUUAGACAGUAUUUGGGCAAACCUCUUUUAAAAAAACAUGAAAUAAAAGACAAUGAAGAAAUUGCCACCCCUCCAGCUUAUUCCGUUUCAAUUUUCGAUGAUUUAGUCAUGGAUUCUACUUCCUCUGAAAGUGAUAUUGAUGACCAGUUUAAGGAUUUAUUGCCGGAAAUGCCUAGUGAUCCUACUAGUGAAAAAAUAAUUGCCCAACAACAGCUUUUAAAACUAGCAAGAAACCAAAAAAGCCGCAGCAGGAAGAGAAGAGUUAAAAAAAGUUCUAUUGCAACACCACAGGGACCGCUGGUGAAAAAACGCCCCAUUAGCACUUGCAACGUGUGUAAAAAGAAGUUUUUAAAUUUUAAAGCUUUUAGAAAACACUUGAGGACCCAUAUUGAAGAUCGUCCAUUUAAGUGUAAACAGUGCAGCAGGAGUUUUACAGAAGAAAAUUAUUUGAAUAAUCACAUGAGAAGUCAUUUGCCUGAAGAAGAGAAACCACAUGAAUGUAAUAUUUGUAAAAAACGGUUUAUACAUCCUACAAUGUUACAGAAACAUCUACUGAGACACACCAACGAACGCCCGUUUGUCUGUAAAAUCUGCAACAAAGGUUGUUUCGCAGAAAACAGCCUCCUAAAACACAUGAAAAUCCACGAGAAAAAAGAAGGAGAUCCGGGCCUACUAAAGCACAUUUGUGACUAUUGCCGCACUGAAUUUCCUGGCGCUGAAGCCCUAUCGAAUCACAUUAAACAACAUACAGGAGCAAAACCGUUCGUAUGCAACAUUUGUGGCAAAUGCUUUCCGCAAAGAUUCAAUUUGGAUUUGCAUUUACGCACACAUACAGGCGAACGUCCUUUUAAAUGUGAAAUGUGUAAAAAAGGUUAUGUGUCUAAGGCUAGCUUGAAAAUUCACAUGAGAACUCACACUAAUGAGAGACCAUUUGCUUGUGAAUUUUGUGGUAAGGCUUUUAGACAAUCCGGAGAUCUUACUAGCCAUAAGCGACUGCAUGGAACUGAUAAACCUAUUGAGUGUAGUGUUUGUCAAAAAAGAUUUACUACAGUAAUGAAAUUAAAAUACCAUAUGCGAAAUCACACAGGAGAACGUCCAUAUGUCUGUACAGUAUGCAAUAGAGGCUUCACCGUAAACACUAUAUUACUAAGACACAUGCGAGUACAUUCAGGUGAACGUCCUUAUGUAUGCGUCACUUGUGGAAAAGCGUUUUCCCAAACCAGUACUUUAAACAAUCACAUGAAAGUGCAUGCAAACACUCUUAAAGCAGCACAGGAAAAGUAUUCGCAAAAUUGUCAACAGCUUCAGCAGCAGCAACAACAAAUUAUUAUUGAGCAAAGUAAUCGAUUGAUGGAAGAUUCUCGAAUGUUACAACCACAACCAGAACAGAUGCGUAUGAUUCAACCAGAUACCACUCACGAUACUUCAAGACUUAUAGCUGAUACUGCUCAUCUUUUAGCCGAUAACCGAAUUAUACAGGACGAUUCUAGAAGUGUUCUGGAUCCAAGAUUGGUGGUCAAUGUUGUGGAACCAACCAGAUUGUUGGUAAAUGACAGCCGAUUAGUAACCAUUGAUAAUAGGAUGUUGCAUAAUGUAGAUAAUAGGAAUUUGGAAGGGGCUCGAAUUUUGUCUGAUAAGUAUUUGGCUUACGGAUCAUUUCAUAGGGGGCAAUUGUGAAUAUGUUAACACUGGGGUUUAGGUACAUACAGUAUUAUUUAAUUUUUAUUCAAACACCUGACAUGUUGCUGAUUUUUUGAUGUGUUUGACUGUGUAGAUCAUGGGAAGCUUUUAUGGAAACUGCAAUCCUACGGAUUUAGAGGUAAUGCUAAUAACUGGUUCAAGAAUUAUUUGGCAGGCAGGACACAGAAAGUCUCUUUUGGUGAUGCAGGGUUCUGUUUUGGGUCCAGCUUUACUUUUGUUAUAUGGCCUCGACAUCUCUGGAGUAAGGGCAGAUAUUAUAUUAAUUUGCGGUUGGCCGAAGGUUGAUUUCAACCUAAGGUUAACCCGCACCUUGCACCGCGGUUAACCUUUGGUUGAAAUCUCUGAACUAGGAUGGAUCUUGGAUCUAGGUAUGAAUGAUGCAUGAAGUCUGUCUUGUUUUGUAACUUGAGUUAUUCUGACCAUUGACUAUGCUGUGUCAAUACUUCUUAUAUGUACACCAAAAACGCCGUUUCUAAAAUGAAGAUAGAGGGGAGGGUUAGUAUGUAUAUUAUUCGAACUAAAUAAUAGACGGCAGGAAUCACGAUAGCCCACCCCUGCGAUGAAACGAAUUGCUCUGUUUUGCAGAAUUAAUACAUAUCAACUAAAGGAAGACAUGAACACUGUAGAAAAAUGGACAACCACAUGGCAGCUAAAACUAAAUGAAAAAAAGUGUACAGUUUUACACAUAGGACGAAAUAACCCUACCAAAUAAAUAGCGUCGAAUUCAGAAAAGUAUCAGAACAGAAAGACCUAGGAGUCUAUGUCACCGAUGAUCUGAAAUGGGAAACCCAUAUAUCCCACACAGUAAAGAAGGCCAAUCAACUAAUAUACCUUAUGAAAUGAGCUUUUGAUAAAAAAACGAUACACCACUUGCAUUAGACCAAAACUAGAAUAUAGCCACACAGUUUGGUCUCCUUACUACAUCAAAGACAUAGAUCGCUUAGAAAGUGUGCAGAGAAAAAUAACCAAAAUUCCAAUUGAACUUAGAAAUCUGCCAUACGGACUAAGACGACAAAAAUUCCAGUUGACAACACUCAGAGAAAGAGGAGACCUAAUUGAAACGCAUAAAAUCCUAAAUGGCUACUAUUCUACAGACCUAAAACUGGAAGAUAUGUUCCAAAUGAAUCCAAACUUAAACCUCAGAGGACACCACCAAAAACUUAAAAAAGAGAGAACUGUUCUUCUUGGAAGGAAAAACUUUUUAACCAAUCAUGUAGUCUAUAAAUGGAACUCCCUAAGCCCAGAAACGAUAAGUGCACCAAACAAAAACAUUUUCAAAAAUAGACUAGACCAAAAUCUUUGUACCAUAAGCAACACCUUGGUGCAUUAUUUUUAAAGAAGUGUCAAAAAUAAAAAACUAAAAGUGGAAAAUCAAAAGCGAUGGACUCAUCGGUCUGCUUUCCAUUGCCAAGAACAUAUUAAUAAUAAUAAUAUUGAAACAAGGUUUGAUUGUAAUGUAGUUACCCCAGAAAGCAUGAAAGCAAAAUAUAUAUUCGCUAGCUGUUUGGAGACAACGAAGCAUCCCUUGGCAAAUCUACCGCAAAGAGUAGAGGAAAAACAAUGCUUUAUCAAUAUGUAACUCUAAGAAUUCAGGGCACUCGUACUAGGAAAUCACGUCCCCUUAUCUCAGCAGCACUAUGUUAAAAGAAAGCAAAUUAGAGUUAAACCACUGUCUUACCCUCUUAACUUCAUCCUCAAUAAUUUCAUUCAUCCAACAUGAAACCCCAGCAUGCCAUAGUAUAGUGGUGCCAUGAGCAAAUAAAAUGAAUCUCCCCUUAUUGUCCACAACAAAAUGAGGAAUGGGCCCAAGACAGAGCUUUGGGACACGCUACUUGUUAUUUUCUCGCCAUGCAGUUUCCUGUGACUCACACAGUCGAAAGCUUUUGAUAAGCCACAGGUCUUCACUAUUUGUACCAGAAUUGUUCUGAAACCCAUACUGGUCCAGUGACUGUUCAAAAAUGAUAGCAUUUGUCGUCUUUUUAUUUAUAUAUUUUAUUUAUUAAUUGAAUUUUUUACAUAUUAUUUUAACCUAGUAAGUAGGAAGUUAGUUCAUAAGGCUGCUUUGUCAAAAACCAUUUAUAUAGUUGAUGAUAAUAAAGCAUAAUUUGAUUUGAUUUGACUUUGGACAAUGGGAGUGAAAGGCUGAUUGGCCAUGAAUAGUAUCCGCACUCUGGAAAGUACUGUUUUUUGUUUUUUUUUGAAUGAGCAAACCUGAUUCCAGGGAAAGACGCCGUUGAGUCCAGGAAGACUGCGAGUCUGGAAAAAAAUGUUAAUGGGCAUGUUACAUACACUAUUUUUCAGGCAACCAGAUGAAAUAAAAAUAAAUACACGCAUAUUUAAUCAAAACUGAAUCCGUCGCACAUCAUAAUGUGUCCAUCAGCAAGUUUAAUAUAAACUCAGUUCGUGUCAUUGAUGACGUGCAAUGGAUAGUUAAGGAUGAUUUGUAUUUUGAUUUUCAUAACAUAUCUGAUUUUUUGCCAACUAUUGAAGGAAUUUGGACUGGUUUAAGUACUUUCUGGCUGAGCCUAAGUCUGAAAAAGAAUUGUUGUUGUUGUCUGUUAUAAAUGGCGUCCAAAUGCCACUCAAGGCUAGUCGUCCAUUGAAACCGUAUUCGUCCGAGUAAUAAGACGGCCGACUUAACGGCCGAUUUGGCCGUCAGAUCUCUGCUCGUCCACUGCAGCCAAAUUACAUCAGAGACAAAAAUAACAAAUUAUUAUUAUAAUAAUUAUUAUUAUUAUAAUAUUAUUAUUAUUAUGUAUUAGAAUUCCAAUAGCAGGCGGUCGAAACCGAUGAAGCCAUUGUUACUUUAACAAAAUUUCAAAAGGAUAUGUGAGAUUUAGUUUGUGCACACCAUAAUAAAUUAUUCUGAGUAUUCUUUCAAUUCUCUGUCAACACGAUUUUUAAAAAUAUUAGUAUUUGAUGCUGAGACUGUAUUUUGGCAAAGCAAAUUCCAAGGAUACUACACGGUUUACUAUAAAGUUUUUCUUAGAUAGUUUUGAUGACCUUUCAUUUUCAAGCUUCUUCGAAUGGCCACGAAGAUGAGGAUUUGACAUGGAUGGAGAAUAUUUAUCAGAUUACACUGAUAGUAAUCACUGGUUAUUUUGUAGGUUUAAAUUGUCUCGCCUUUGUGCCAGAGCUGGGCAGGGCUUGAGUGCUUUGUGCUUGUGAAAGUGCUUGAAGCAAUUUGAGGACUUGAAAGCCCUGUGCUUCAAGCCCUUUUAUAGAUUUGUAAUUGGGGCUUGCAAAGUCAAUUACUUUAGAAAAGUGCUUGGUAAUUUGUAAUUGAAAAAAGUAAUCCAAGCCCUUUUAAUGAGC